AUGAUCCAAACUACCACCCAGACUGUUCCGGUGACAUUGAAGGCUGUUGGCGAGAACUCCAUGAGGAUCGAUGGGUCGAAAACUAACUAUGAUGAUUGGAGAGACGAUCUGGCCCGUGACGGUUAUGCUGUCGUAAAAGGCGCGAUCCCGAAAGAAAGGGCGGAUGCUUAUGCCAACAGAAUGUACGAAUGGUUGGAAGGCUUCAAUCUGGGAUUCGAUCGAAAUGAUCUUUCGACUGUCCAUAGAGAUCGAUUGCCCACUAUCAAUGAGAAGGGCAUGUGUCUCAGCUAUGCGGUAACACACGAAGACUUUGCUUGGGGUGUCCGAGGAGAGCCAGGUGUUGUAGGGGCUUUCGAAGAGAUAUACGAUGACAAGGACCUCAUUGUCUCAUUCGACGCCAUCAACUUCACCUUUCCAAAAUGCAUGCAGGGCCUUGUAAAUUUGUUACCUAAUGGUCCAGAUGAUGGCGGCCUUAUAGUAUGUCCAGGUGGACAUCUCUUAUCUGAUGAGUUCCAUAAAGACAUGGCUGAUGAGCCACGUAUUCCAGCAUGGACCCCUGAAUGGUAUGGAUUUACAGAGAACAGCUUGAAAUGGCUCGAGAAAAAGGGUCUGAAACGGGUCAAGGUGUGCGCUGAGCCAGGCGAUUUUUUACUCUGGGACUCAUGUACUCCUCACUACAACCUCGGAUCAAAAACGAAUCAGCCAAGGUUUGCUGUAUAUACUUGCUACAUGCCUGUCAGCCACGCCACUCAAGAAGAUCUUGUACGCAAGAAGGAUGCUUUCGAGCGGCAUGUCGGCACUACUCAUUGGCCCAAUGCAAGACACGCUGGUUCAAACUCGGCAAAGCGCGAUGGGAAGGAUGACCCAUACAACCGUUUUGAGCCUGUCAACAAACCAGCCCUUGAUGAGCGUACAUUCAAGUUAACUGGUAUUCCGUACAUCAAGGCUUAG